AUGCUAAAGUCAUGUAGGGUAAAACAAGAGUUUUGUAACAUUGUGGGUGAGUCAAUUCUUGAAAAAUGUCGAACAGUCUCUUCCAUUUUAGAGUCAGAUGAUAACUUUUUCGCAAUUUACAAUUUAUGGCAAAGAUUUGAGGCUGCAUCGGAAAACAAUAAUAAUUAUAGAAUUAAUAAUGACGUGGACCGUGGCCCUUUCGACAAACCGACCAAAAUCGUAGAAGACAAUUAUGUGACUGAUAUUAUAGAAGAUGACGAAACCCCUAGGUCGAUUCUUGAUGAAUUUACAGGUGAGUUAAUAAAUAAAAACGAAGAAAGAGAAGAUGAAAAGAAAGAAGUGUAUAGCGAGCCGACACUUCAGAAUAAUUUAAUAGAACGUAGUCUCACUCCGCAGCCUAGCACGUCAAAACAAGUCACAUAUUCGACGGUUUCCAUAAUUUCUAAUGUAUCUCUAACUGAAUACUUGAAACAAAACUUACCAUUAUCACCUAAGCGACAAGGAAAGCGCCAAAUAGAAAGACUGCCAUUUGCUUUAACUUCAGACCAAUACGUGGAAAGAAUAAAAAGCAAAACAGUUAAAAAAGAUUGA